UCCGCUUACGUCGGAGCUGAGACAGUCGUUCUCAAACGGUUGAACGAGCAACUCGUUAUUGUGUUGCAGAUGUGAAGCAAAGAGUGACGACAUGCGGUUCAUUAUAAUAUUCGUAUUAUGCGCCCCGUUGAUUUUAAUCUCGGCUAACGAUAUCUCGGAAAAUGAAAUAUCCUUGGACGAAAGGAACGGUAACGAAGUCACUCAUCGUGUUAUUGAAAUGAACGAGAGCGAUGGUGAGACGGAAUAUUUGGAGCACGAGGAAAGCUUCAAUCUCAAAGAGCUCUACGAGCAUUCGGUUCAGGCUUAUCUCGACGAAGAUUGGGAUGGAUGCAUCGAAGGAUUCACGCAAGCAAUUAAACACUAUAAAGAAUACAAGAACGCGUUGAUAGCGUGCAGGAAAGAUUGUCGAGCGCAAACCGCCGGAUUUCAACCGAUAUUUCCAUACGACCCAGAAGAUUUUCAUUUUUACGAGAAGAAGAUACGUGAAACACUUUGCAUGAUGAAAUUCAGCCAAAAUUACAGGGACUUGCACGGUGAAGAUUCCCUCAAAAGAUUGCCAGAGGCAAUUGAAAAAAAAUUUGCUGCGUUUGCCGCUUACGAGUAUCUUCAAAUGUGUUACUAUCAGAAAAAUCGUUUCCAAGAUGCUGCUAAUGCAGUUUUCACAUAUCUGACUCUUCAUCCCAAACACGAGAUGAGCUUGAAGAAUUUACGUUUUUACAUCGAUCAACGAGACGUUGAUGAAUCAGAAAUAACGAAUCUGGAAGCUGAACCUUUUACCACAUUUUAUGCGAGUGGUGUGAAAGCCUACGACGAGGAACGUUACGAGGACGUAAUAAAAUAUUUCGAAAAAUCGCUCGACCUUUACAUGGCUUCUGAGGAAGACUGCCGUUAUUACUGCGAGGGUCCAUUCAACCAAGGAUGGCUGCCAGAAUUUGUUCCUUCGGUUGCUAAUCAUUUUACUUAUUGCAUAAAAUGCAAGCAAGGCUGUUCCAAACGUAUGAAUCAAGUGAAUGGCGAGUACUAUGCCGAUUUGCUGCCAAGUCACUAUCACUAUUUGCAAUUCGCUUACUACAAGGUGGGUGACCUGAAGAACGCUUGUGCGGCGGUCUCGAGUUAUCUUCUAUUUUAUCCGAGUGACCAGUUGAUGUUGAAGAACGAGGAGUAUUAUUCGAAAUUGCCCAAGAUUGAAGAAGAUUAUUUCACACCGAGAGAAGAAGCGGUCGAGUACGUAAAACGAAAGCAAUACGAGGAACAAUUGUUACGCUACAUCUUCGAGGAGUUUCUAAUACUCAAGCCUCAUUUGGAUCCUAGAAAACUGAAGAAGGAAUUGAACGAAACCGAAGGUCCCGAGGAGAAGUUAACUCAUCAUCCGCCUCCCGGCCACUCGCCUGCUCGCAAGAAACGAUUGUCCAACGAAACGCAAAUUUGGAAAAACGCUCCACCAGAAGCUGACAACUCGUUGACGAAUACGAAUGGUAAAAUCCGAAUAAUCGCUGAUGAAAGCGACCUGGGUGGUGAGUUACGAUAUCUGGCAGAGGGAUUCCUCGACGAUUCAGAGUGUCAGAGCCUCGUCAAUCUUGCUCAGAUGGCAGCGAUCGAAGGGGAUGGAUAUGAAGGUAACUCGAGUCCUCAUACAAAACACGAACGUUUCGAGGGUUUGACACUCGGCCGGGUGGCUCUGAUGGUGUAUUUUGGACAAUUGAAUCCAGAUGUUUUGGAACUAGUUCUGUCGAGCAGCGAACUGGCCCGAGAGCACGUGCAAAAAUAUUUUCAGCUCGAUCGUCAUCUAUAUUUUACUUAUACACAUUUGGCUUGCCGAUCAGCUCGUCCAGACUCACCGAUUGAUCGUCAAGAUUUGAGUCACGCGAUACACGCCGACAAUUGCAUAAUCCUACAAAAUGGUAGUUGCAUAUCCGAAUGGCCAGCAUACACGUUUCGCGAUUAUUCAGCGAUCCUAUAUUUGAAUGAAGAUUUCGAGGGUGGUGAAUUUGUAUUUGCGGCUGAUUCCUCGGCCCGAACAAUUCAAAGUACAAUUAAGCCAAGUUGUGGCCGCAUGGUGGCGUUUUCGGCAUCGGAAAAAAAUCUUCACGGUGUGAGAGGAGUGUUGCGUGGAACUCGUUGCGCUCUCGGAUUGUGGUUUACGUUUGACAGAGAAAACUUUGAGAUCGAGCGUCAAUUGGCGAGUGCAAUAAUGCAGCGUGUACGAAGGGAAGGAGCCAGCGAAAUCCAAGCCAGAGAAUCCAUGGAUUCGAUCGAUUACGAGGACACUCUGUUCAACCGUUUGAAAACCGAUUCGAAGCUCCGCCAGUUGUUUGAAACUCUUCGGUACAUCGAGGAUGAAGAUUAAUCAAACUUUUUCAACCUGUUGAUAACGAACCAAUCGUGUAUAUUAAAAAUGGUCAAAGUUCCUCGAACGAAACAAACUCAAGGCAGAUUAAUUAACGAACAAUGGAACAGUAUUUUUGUACAUUAUCUUCUCGUCGAUAUACGGUAACACGUGUAAUUUAUAUAAAAUAUUCUAGAUCUUUAUUAGCACAGACAUUACAUGCCAAUUGGAUCAUUCGUUUCUUCCUUUUUUACAAUAACCAUUCUAUCGUAACAACGUGUCUUCGUGAGUGAGUGAAUGUGUGUACAUUGUAUGAAUCUAUUUCUCCUUUUGAUCGUUUCUUUUUAAACAUUUUUUUCGUAUUCGCUCUAUGUUAUUGUAUUCGUUUACUUUAGCAUGUAUUAUCGUUAUGUAUAUAACUUGAUUUAUACAUUUUUGUUAUACGUGAUUGCACAUUAAACAGCGUCCAUCUCGCA